AUAUUAAUACUAUCAUAAAAUCAUCUAAACACUAAUAUCGUCAAUUAUUAUAAUGCUUCAUUAAUUUUUAAUUACUACAUAAAAAAUACUUUAAAAAUUAUGUCGGAAAGAGAAUUGGAACCGGAAAUAGGCGGAUUUUUCCGCUCGAAUUUGUUGGCUGUGCGAAAGGCGAUUUAUCAACAGGAUUUCAAGAAAUUCGCCGCUCUCGAAUCGAAUGGCGAAAGGGUAGCUUUCAUCCUAAACUAUCCCGAGGCUCACCAAUUAUCCCUGGAUGUGAAGAGGCCUAUGGUUAAGGACAGCAGUGGUGCUAUUCAACUGAAGGAGACUGGAAACAAGCUCUUUGGUUGCGGCGAAUUCGCAAAAGCCUUGGAGACUUAUUCGAACGCAGCCCUUUUAGCACCGUCAACAGAAUUAAGCGUCAUCCUGGCGAAUCGCUCGGCCACUCUGUACCAUUUGAAACGUUACGAGCACGCGUUAGAGGACAUGGAGGAGGCCUCGCGACUCGGUUAUCCAAAAGAUCUCUUUUACAAACUCGAGGAACGACGGGCCAGGUGUCUGUUGGGUCUGAAGAAGCAUGACGGAGCUGUCGAGGCAUUCAGGCGGGCUCUCCAGGCCCUGGACGACGCCAGGAUACCAUCGGAACGCAAACAGAAGUUCGAGACGGACAUCAGAAUGAUGCUCGCGGUGAUGGACAAGGGUAAACGGCUCAACGAUACCGUCCCGAAGGAUCUCCCGCGAGUUAAUGGCAAGCAAAGUCCGUCCAGCAAUCAGCGUUCCGAAGAGAAUCGUGACAAGUUUAUCCCUGAGAAGCAAAGGAAUCCUCCAUAUCCCGCUUGCAGUAGCGCAGUGGAGAUCAAGAACAGCGGAGGUGACUUGGGUAGACACGCCGUGGCAACCAGGGAAAUAGCGCCCGGAGAGAUCAUAAUCGUGGAACGACCGCAUUGUGCAUUUCUGUUGGCGGAGAACAGGCUCACGCAUUGCCACUUGUGCUUCGCGAGGAUAUCCGUGCCGAUUCCAACGGCUUGUUGCACUUGCAGCUGCAUCGCGUACUGCAGUCGUCGUUGCAGAGACGCGGAUGCCCAAGUGCAUCUGCGGGAAUGCAAGCUGCUGCCGACCUUGUGGCAUUCGAAGGCUUCGGUGACAUGUUUUCUAGCUUUAAGGGCGAUCACGCAGAAAUCCUUCGAGGAAAUUAUGAAGCUGAAAAAACAGCUCGCGGAUUCCGGAAACGCGUUGAACAUCUCCGCGAAGAAUCCGUAUCGAGGGGAUGAUUACAUGACCUUCUACAAUUUAGUGACCCAUGAAGACAAAAGAUUGCCAGAGGAUAUUUUUCACAGAGCUUAUAUGGCGGCCUGGCUGCUCAGAUUGCUAAGAACCGGCGAGUAUUUGCCAGAAAAUAUAAAAACCACCGAUACAGCGGACAGCAGAUUAUCCGACGAGGAAUUGUUCAUCGCGGGGCUGCUGUUACACAAUUUGCAGUUGCUGCAAUUCAACUCGCACGAGAUCUCAGAACUAGUAAGACCGAAAGGGGAGAAGACACUCGCUAAGGCCAAAAGUAUAUUCAUAGGCGGUGGUGUUUAUCCUACAGUAGCGAUGCUAAAUCAUUCAUGCAAUCCUGGCGUAGUACGGUACUUUAUCGGCACAACUAUGGUUAUUCGUGCCGCUCGUACAAUCAGAGCGGGUGAAGAGAUCUCUGAAAAUUACGGUCCAAUCUUCACAACCACGCCCGAAAAUGAGCGAAAAAGAAGAUUGAGAGUGCAAUAUUGGUUCGAUUGCAAUUGCGAAGCGUGCUCGGGACACUGGCCGCUUUUAGAAGAAUUGGAUCCAACAGUACUAAGAUUUAAAUGCGAAACCGGACUGUCUUGCGGCAAUGUGCUGCUGGUCAGAAGCGACACGAAUGAGUUCAUGAUCGGAUGCGCGAAAUGUGGCAAGAGUACGAACAUAUUGAAGGGCUUGAGAGCCCUCCAAGAUACGGACGCACUUUUCAAAGUCGCGUCGACAAAUCUUGAAGAGGGCAGAAAUGAGCUGGCAUUAAAAGCUUACCUGGAAAUUUUGAAGCUGCUAGACGAAACUCUAGCGUUGCCUAUCAGAGAUUAUCACGUCUGCCAGCAGGGAGUCAGAUUGUGCGCCCUUGCUUUAGGCAACACAGCUUAUAUUUGAUCACCCUGAAGCCCUAAAGAAUCUACAUAGAAUAUUCAUAUUUUAAACUUCCCUAUAUUAUGUGAGUUUAAUAAUUUUAUAUUAAUUUUUUAUUAAUAAUGGGGGAACAAUUAAUAUGAAAAGCAGAAAAUUUAAAAAAAAUUGUAUUCAAAGAUUAUUUGUUCCUAUCUUCAAUGUGCAUAGCACUAAAAAAAAAAUUUUUUUUUAAGCUAUACAAUUAUACAUAUUGCCUUUAAAGUAUCUUAUCAUAUAAAAUAGUUUAUUUUUUACAUUGUUAAAAAUUUUGCCCCAUAAAAGAUUGAAUCUGCACUGAUAAUUUUUAGAUUGUUUAAGAGGGAAAGGUACAUAAAACGUACUCAAAAAAGUACUGUUCAUUAUUUAUUAUAUUAUAUGUGUGUGUAUAUAUAUAUAUGCUCAUAUAUUUUAUAUCUAUUCCUGAUGUAAAGAAAAAAGAUAGAAGUCGCAUUCACAAUAUACAAAGAAAAGUUACUAGCAUUGCGAUUUUGCAUUUUUAUUAUUAUCUACAAAUUUAUUUGUGUCGAUCUUAAAUUCUAAAAACUAAAUACAAAAAAUGAUCCAAAUA